GUAAGGUUUAAGAAAAUGGCAAUUGAACCCAAGUAUUUUAGGUUUAAAAAUGGCAUUCAAUCAAUGUAUUUCAGAUAUUUAAAGCGGUUUAAAACCUAUGCAUUUCAGGUAUUUGGAGUAGGUACAGCAAAUCCAUACAGAUUGCGACCAUAUUUAGGUGCAAGAGUUCCAGUGAAUAGCAGUUUUUCACCUUUAAUAAAUAUGCAUAACCCGCACAGUACUCCUCUACAGGUACUUGAAAUGUUUGCAAGUGAAGGAGAUUUACAUUUAGAAUUACCAACUGGGGAAAAAGAAGCUCCAAGAUCUUUAUGGGAGAUUCCUCCCUAUGAAACAAAAACUAUAAUGAAGGCAAAUUUCGUAGGGAGGACAGAAAAUAAUCAUACUGCCUUCAUACGAAUAAAAACAGAUAAACAAGAUUUACAGCAUACUGUCGUGUUACCUAUGGAAGUUGAAGUUACAUCUUCUCCAGGUGUAUACGUGGCAACAGAAUUGAUAGAUUUUGGAAUAGUUCGGACAUUUGAUGAACCAAAAACAGUUCCAAUUAAUUUAAUCAAUACUGGAGAUACACCUGUUCAAAUUUCUAGUGUAACAGUUUCCCCUCCAAAUGACGCAGUAAGUGUGGAUUUUCGACCGAUAAAGCUGCCGCCAGAACUCUUACGACAAACUACAGUCGCUUAUGUAACUUUUAGAGCAUCAAAAGCAAUACAUCCAAAAUUGUGGUCAGGAAAAAUAAUUGUGAGAUCAAAAAAUAAUGUGCACAAAAUUUCCAUUCCAUUUGAAGCUAAAGUAUUACAUGGGUCCCUAACUUAUCACAAAAAUAUGACGUAUUUUGAUAGUGCACAUAAAAACCUCACAAGAUAUCUGGGUUUUACAAACACAUUCAACUUCUCUUUGGUUCUUUAUAAUGUGACUCUGCCAUCAGAAGUUGGGGAACAUUUUACAAUAAAGAAUUUUUCCAGACCAGUGAUAUUACCACCUCAGAUGUUAAUAACUCCAUUUAUAAUCCAUUUUCAUCCACAGAAAAAUUAUAUCCACUUCAAAACUUUACUAAGUCUUCAUACAAACGCUUCAGUGUUUGAGAUAGAGCUUAUUGUUUUUAAUGGACAAUUAAAGAUAGUACCACACAGACCAGAAAAACAAGAAGGACAGUUAGAUUUUGGUACAAUGGGAGUACGAGAAAAUAAAAGUGUUUUAUUUACCUUAAUUAAUGACAACCCUGUCACAGUACAUUUUGGAGAAUGGAGUACAGAUAUGAAAGGUGCAACACUUGAGUUGUUAGGUAUAGAGAAAGGAAAUGGUACAAUAUUAACCAGAAAACAUAACAUUUCUGCGAUAGAUUUAUCAAAUUUAAGUAUAUUGCCGUAUCACUUUGCGGUGUUCAGCUUAAACUUGGUGGCUCCAGAGGAGGAAGGACUAUAUCAGGCUGAAGUUAUAUUCAUGACAGAUUAUCAGGCUAUGUAUGUACCUGUGAUGUUACGAACUUCAGAAGGUAGUUUACAUGCAAUACCAGAGAGGGUGAUAUUUGACAAAGUAUUUCCUGGUCGAAUUCCCAUGAAGAUACUGCAGGUCCACAGUACCUUUCAUGACCAGAUGGUUUUUAAAUCGGUAACAUUUCAGCCACCAGACCAUAGGUGGUACUUUGUCAAUGCUAAAGAAGAGAAUGUAUCCAGUAAUGGGAAUUCGUUACUCAUUCUGGAGCCACAAACUAAUAAUACUAUUGGAAAAAUAUUUUUUGAUAGUAAAAGAGAGUGUAAAGAAGAAUGUUAUGUAGGAUUAUCAACCAAUACAAUAGCUGGAUAUCGUUGGUUACAAGGAUUACAGCUAAAUAAAGAUGUUGCAGAUACCGAUGAAUCUCUGUAUAAACAUCUAAGACAGAGAUGGACAAAUAUACAGGAACAAGGAAAAGAUAGGGUAAAUAUUACCAUAGAGAUAGAUACAAGUACUGUUCAGGGAUUUUUAUUUUCUGCUCAUGUACAACAACAUUGGCCGGAAUUAAUCAGACGUCAGUGUAGACAACAUGUUAGAUUCCCAUUAACUCAAAUUGGAAAUUUAUCUACGGUGGAUCUAGUGGUUGAGAAUAAUGGAGACAUUCCAGUUAUAGUACAAGUACUACCGCUACAUCUCUACCCAAAUCCUCAAACAAUCAUAAACCUUUUACAUGACAAAUUACCUCCAUAUUUUUCCGAGUAUGUAGAGACAGACGAUCCAGAUAUAUUUAUACUGUCAGAAGUGGAGAAAUUAAAUAAACAGCCCGACAGUGCAUUAAUUCAGUUCCGUCAAAGAGUAGAAACGAAAAUGGGGAUAAAGGCACAUAAAGAUACUAUAACCUUAUUUCUUACCAAAGGAUUUAGAAUAAAAGUUCCAGUUGGAUUUAGACCAAAGGAUGAUAGUUUUAAAACUUCAUUAGUAAUUGUCAGGAGCAAUUUAACUAUAAUAGAUGCAAUGGUUUUAGAGGGACAAGGCGGCAGAGGCGAAUUAAAAUUAAACAAUAAGAAACCAGGAGUUUCAACAUUACAGUUUGAUAUUGCAGAGAAACAUCUCAAAAACUGUGAUAAGAGGAAACAUGCAAAGAAUUUGGUGCCUAAUUUUACAGUAAAGAGAUCAUUCACAUUACGGAAUACUGGAGAACUGCCAUUUUACGUACAUGGAUUCAGCAUAAAUAAUGUACCUUGUGAGGGCUAUGGUUUUAGGGUUCUGGAGUGUGAAGGAUAUGAAAUGCAGCCAAAUACUAGUAGAAAAAUUGAUAUUGCUUUUACACCAGAUUUUACCAUGUCAAGAAUACAGCGCACAUUAACCAUAUUUACAAGUUUAGGAACAGAGUUUAAUUAUACCCUUCAAGCUACGGUUCCAACUCAUACACUAUCAAAAUGUGCUGCGUCUUUACCCAGACCAAACUGGGAACCAGUCUUAUACUACUCCAUAGUCUGUGUCAUGAGUUUUAUUUUAUUUUGCAUUCUUGUCGCAUCUUAUUUUGAAGCGGAUAGAAUUUUUGUCGCAGACAUUUUAAAACGUAAAGUUAAGAUGUGUAAUGGCACACCGACCUAUCAGAAGGAUAAGAUAUUUGAUUUAAAGACUAUUGGAGUGUCGCAUAUUAAUAGUCAACCAUGUGCGAUUUCAGCAACAAAGACGCAGCCACAACCAAAUAUUUUAAACAGGAUUCCACGACCUAUUAUUGAGAUGACCAGUAAUCAUGUGGAACAUAAAACCCGAGAAUCAUUCAUGACAUAUUUAUCUGGUCUGUUUAAGAGCUUUUUUGUACGAAAACCUUCAGCGAUGCGUAAGAAAGUCAGUAAUAACCUAGGAAGUUCAGCAUCCACAAUCAAACAAUUGUCAGACUCAACAUCAGUAAAAGAGAAUACAGUAACAGAAAAAGAUAAACCAUUGCCACCGCAUGAUGUAAUUAUCCCGGAGAAAUCCACGCACAUCCAUUCUCAACAGAAGUUAACUCUGCGUAAACCAAAACCUGUUAAAAAGCUGCAGACUGAUUUAACGCCCCCUGCUGAUAACCAGAACUCUGCAGGUAGCAGUAAUUAUGAAAGGAAACAUAGCAGCAAGUCCAACACCACACAGACGGACAAGAAAAAUGUAGACACAACUAACACAGUCAAAGAUUUGACCCCACCGGUUAUGACAACACAAGACUCUAGUGGCUUAGCCUGUUUUGAGGAUGUCAAGAAUUAUGACAAUAAGCAGAAAGGCAAGAAGAAGCUACGGAGCAAGCCAGAACGUGACAACCUUAUCAAGGAUAGACUUAUACUGAGACAUAAUGAUGACAGAGACGAAACAUCGUCAACUACAACAGACUCUUCUACUGGUGACAUAGAGGAGAAGAAUACUGGAACCAGGAAUGGUACCCCAGAACCUCCCCCACCACCAACAGUAAAACCCAAGAAGAAAACUAAAGCUCGUAAUCUUGAGCCCCUGAUUAUGCCUCAACCCGAUGAUGACACUGAUGAAUUUGAACUGACAUCUAAAUCACGAGCAUACAAGAAAGUGAAGGGACAAUUAGGAGGUGAACAGCUAAAGACUGGCCCUCUGGAUAUUGACCUGCCAUACAACAUAGACAAGAAUAAGCCCAAGAAAAAGAAGUUAUCUCCAGGUAACAAGGAGACCGAGAAGAAAGAUAAGCAAAAAGGUGUGGUCAGUGACCCUGAAUUGUUGGAUGACACCAGCAUGGAGCCCCACCACUCUGAUAGUGAUUCUCCCCCACCCUCAUGGGACGAGCCACACCCGAUAUCGCCCGCGGAUGAUUUGACUGAGCUGUCCAUCCAGACAGACCAGUUUGCACAGAAGCAAGCCAAGUCCCUGGAAUCCGGCACCCACCUGAGCAACAUCUCCCCAGAUGGUUUGACAAGCAGUAGUCGCUCCAGCAGCUACUCAAGUAUCGUCAGUAGCAGCAGUGGCGAGGGAGCUAAUGGCAAGAAAGGAGACAAAAGAAACCCUACGACCCCUGGCUUCACACCAUUCAGUGAUACAAUACCAGUUCCCAUAAUCUCGAAGACAUCCCCUCCAAUAUCUACGAAAAGGAAUGCCUGGGGCUCUGGAUCUACUCCAACCACACCAGAAACCAUGAGUGGAUUUGGACUUCAGACGAUUCAGGAGACAAGCAGGCCAGGCAACACACUGACAGACUCCCAGGCUGGUGUCUUCAACCAAUCCUCAUUCACAUUUGGACUGAAUGUUCCAAGUUCAGCAGAUGGGACCUAUGGAUUCAAUAACCCAACAUACAGUGGUCAGCAGGACUCGUCAAUGACGAUGAUGCAGCGACUUCAGAUGGAGCGUAGACGCAGAAUCAAGGAACACCAGAGCAGGCUUCUUAAAGGAGAUGACUGGCCAGGAUUUGGAGUGCCACUGACAAGGAACGAGAGCUUGUGGGAUUCUGAGUACAAUCCCCUAGACCCUAACAACACCUGGGCUGUGGCUCCUGAAACUCCACCAGCUCAAGAUGACCCUGGUUUGUGGAGUACACUUACCCACAGUGCUAACAGUAGCUGGAACUCGUUGAUGGGUAUCUGGGGUGGCGGCGGCACUCAAACCACUGUUGCAGACCCUCUGUCUCCCGACACUUCCUUCACCCCCUCAGAGGGAAACAGUUCUGCCAACACUUCAGUGACACAGAGUGCUGAUGCUCUUCCGGCUUUCAACCCGUUCUCCACCGACAUCUGGAGUCCGAGCGCUUCGACUGCUUCUAGUGGUUGGAACAUGCCAGGAGGGCCUCAGACAAGUCCCUCUGAUGAGCAGCGUAAUUAGAUGUGGAGAAGGAACUAUUGUUUAACAGACAGAAAAAAAUGGACUUGAUCUAGAUAAAGAAUGUUUGCUUUGUUUACUGUAUUGUGUCAAAAAAUAAAACAACUGGCCCUGUCUUAAUAUCUCUUUCACUUUGAAAUAAAUCUAAAGUUACUUCUAAAUUUGGAUAAUUCUCAGCUACUUACUUUAUAUAUUGUAGGCUGAAAGACUAUUUGUUUUCAAAUUGAAUAUAGUUGGAACUGUCUUAACAGCCACCUAUACUAUGCAGCCACUUGCCCUAAGCUGCCAAACAGGUCACUUCACAAAUGGACUUUUAGUACUAAUUCUAACUUGUCUAACAGUUAUGUUUUUGCCAUGGCUGUCUGCGUAGUGCAAAUUUGACUGUAAAUCGCUUAUUUACUUGGUGAGCAUAAACUUAAAAUUUAUAUUUUAAACACUAAAUAAAUACUUUAAAUCAAACAGAGUAAAUUUAAGGUUUAAUUUGUAGCAUUUUUAGCUCGACUAUUCGAAGAAUAGUCUAGCUAUUCUACUCACCCUGGCGUCGGCGUCGGCGUCGGCGUCGGCGUCGGCGUCGGCGUCGGCGUCACACCUUGGUUAAGUUUUUGCAUGCAAGUACAUACAGCUAUCAUUUAAAGGCAUAUAGCUUUGAAACUUAUUUAUUCUUUUUCUAGGUCAAUUACCAACCUCACUGGGUCAAGUUCCAUAACUCUAACAUGUAUUUUGAGCAAAUUAUGCCCCCUUUUGGACUUAGAAAAUUCUGGUUAAAGUUUUACAUGCAAGUUACUAUCUCCAAAACUAAUGCAGAUAUUGAAUUGAAACUUCACAUGUGUCUUCGAGGUUAUAAAGCUAGUUGAUAGCACCAAGUCCCAUAACUCUGACCUUCAUUUUGGCCAAAUUAUGCCCCUUUUGUACUUAGAAAAUUUUGGUUAAAGUUUUGCGUGCAAGUACAUACAGCUAUUACUAAAAGGCAUAUAGAUUUGAAACUUUUUUUUUCUUUUUCUAGAUCAAUUACCUACCUCACUGGGUCAAGUCCCAUAACUCUGACAUGUAUUUUGGCCAAAUUAUGCCCCCUUUUGGACUUAGAAAAUUCUGGUUAAAGUUUUGCGUGCAAGUACAUACAGCUAUUACUAAAAGGCAUAUUGAUUUGAAACUUAUUUUUUCUUUUUCUAGAUCAAUUACCUACCUCACUGGGCCAAGUCCCAUAACUCUGACAUGUAUUUUGAGCAAAUUAUGCCCCCUUUUGGACUAAGAAAAUCCUGGUUAAAGUUUUACAUGCAAGUUACUAUCUCCAAAACUAAUGCAGAUAUUAAAUUGAAACUUCACAUGUGUCUUCGGGUUAUAAAACUAGUUGAUAGAAUCAAGUCCCAUAACUCUGACAUGUAUUUUGGGCAAAUUAUGCACCCUUUUGGACUUAGAAAAUCCUGGUUAAAGUUUUGCGUGCAAGUACAUACAGCUAUUACCAAAAGGCAUAUAGCUUUGAAACUUAUUUAUUCUUUUUCUAGGUCAGUUACCAACCUCACUGGGUCAAGUUCCAUAACUCUUAACAUGUAUUUUGAGCAAAUUAUGCCCCCUUUUGGACUUAGAAAAUUGUGGUUAAAGUUUUACAUGCAAGUUACUAUCUCGAAAACUAAUGCAGAUAUGGAAUUGAAACUUAACAUGUUUCUUCGGGGUUAUUAAACUAGUUGAUAGCAUCAAGUCCCAUAACUCUGAUAUGCAUUUUGGUCAAAUUAUGUCCCGUUUCGAACUUAAAACUCUUUUGAUAUUUAACAUUUUGGGUAAUAAUUUCCUGCUUCUGUGACAAUAUUUCGAAUAGUCGAGCUUGGCUGUCUUAUGGACAGCUCUUGUUUGUCAUAGAAUUUGUGAAAGAGAUAUUAAGACAUAAUUGAGUGUGAGUGUGAGUGUUUUUAUAUAAUUUUUAUAAAGUUUGCAGUUUUUUGACCAUCACAUGUGUCAGAAUGACCAAACAAGAACAUCUUUGUGGUAUGUUUUUAUUGCAUCACAAUAUUCAUCUGAUUUUAGAAAAUGAAGGCACUGCCAAGUGUGCAGUGCAUUUUACAUUUUUUCAGUAUUAUUCGGUAGGUAAAGCGAGGACUUUUUUUGUUAUGAAGUGCACAAAAUACAUACCUUGAACUUAAGGAGAGACUGUGUUUAUCAUGUAAGGAUUUGUUUCUGUGUGCUUGAUACUUUUUUUCAGACAUGUUUAAUGCAAAUAUGAGUUGUGCCAUGGGAAAACCAACAUAGUGGCUUUGCGACCAGCAUGGAUCCAGACCAGCCUGCGCAUCCGCGCAGUCUGGUCAGGAUCCAUGCUGUUCGCUAACGGUUUCUCUAAUUGCAGUAGGCUUUAAAAGCGAACAGCAUGGAUCCUGAUCCGCGCAGUCUGGUCUGGAUCCAUGCUGGUCGCAAACCCACUAUGUUGGUUUUCUCAUGGCACGGCUCAUAUAUUGCUAAUAUUGCUGUAUGUAGCUGCUAAACAUUUUUCUUUAAACCUUAGCAAUAAUGAUUGAGAAGUUUCAGUGUAUCUAUAAAAAGUUGCAUUGAACUUACUGCUUUAUUUUAUAGCUGAUUUUUACAUAUUUUUAAAAAUAAUUGCAGACUGCUAACAUUUUUAGCUUUGAAAUUGAUAAAUGAAACUCGGAAUUGAAGAUUGAUUUAUGUUGUGCUUGCUUUAUGUGUUUUUGUGUAAAGAUUUGCCAGUUGUUUUACUUUGAAUACACGUGUAAACUUGCAAAAUAUGCAGUCAUUGUCUGGAUAUGACAUAUUUGCUUAUAGCCUCAUGUUCACAAACAAUUUUAGUUGAGAUUUUUUCGCAGCAAAAAUGUUUUAAACCAUAUAUUUCGACCAUUGCAAAACUGUUUUGUUUAAGAAUUAAAAAGUAUAAAUGAUUGUUCUUUGAUAAUUUACACUGAAGUGUUAGAGAUACUUGGUUUAUGAAAAAUUACACUAAGAGAAAUCUCAGCUUGAGGAAAAUUUUGUAUGUGGACAUGAGGAGAGUUUAAAGCAAUAAAACUUAGCAGACAUACAUGUGUAAAACAGUUAUGAGGAAUGGAGGCAAUUGCCUGGCACAGCUGUAGGGGAGGGGUAGGGGAAUGGUUACAUACAAACAGGAAUUAGAUAAUACCUGUUUAAUAAUGCCUUUCAUACCAUUUAAAGUACAUCAGACUUGAGGCAGAGUAUACAAAAUUUGUUGACCAAGAUUUUUUGAAAUUAUGAAAAUUUUCAUUUAAAACCACUCCUUUUGACGAUGGAAGUACCUCUAAUAAGAAAGUCUAUAAGUGAAUGCUGCUGUUUGAAAACUAGCACUAUACCAUGUCCUCAGUAACGGCCAUUUUAAAUUGCAGACAGUUGAAUGAGGCUUACCUGACUUGAGUACACAUGUAUGACUGUACAAGUGAAAACAGGUUUUGAAACAGGUCAGACUUACUCUUCCAAACAUGUUGAGAGCCGGUAUGUAUGUGCAGUGUUACGCAUACGCAUCAGGAUUAUAGAGCUGUAACAAAUGAGUUACAGGUGUAAAUUGAAUGUUUGGAAGAUUGACAUUUCUGAGUCAAAACUUAAUGAUACUUAAUCCAUAUGGAUUUGGAAAGAAAAAACAUGGAAGUAUAUAACUUAAGAGAACUGUUUCAUCAAAAGAAAAUUGUUACUAAUAUUUCUAGUCAUUAUAAUCUGUUGAAAAGAAGGAUCUGUGGUUGAUUAAAACAUGGUUUUAAAGAUAUGUUGUUUAAAUUUUGAAAUGGUACAGUUCAUUGUGAAAAUUUGUAAAAGUUAGAUAUUGUAAAAUGAUUACCUGGACAUGAGAAACUUUGACAUAGGCUACAUACACAUUUUUGUGUAAUAAAAUAUGCAUAUUCCAGCUGGUUUAUGCUGCAUAGUAGCUUAUGAUGUGGUAUACUUACAGUAUAGAUAUUAACCUUUAGCCUGCUGGCAGUAAUUGAUUCUGCCUUUGCAACCAGUGCAGACCAAGAGCAGCCUGCACAUCCGUGUAGGCUGAUCAUGGUCUGCACUGUUCACUAUUCAGUCAGUAAAUUUUCAAUUAACACCCCUUUGAUUAAUAAGUGGUGUUGCCCAAAUUGCAUCAUGGACAAGCUCAUUUUAGAAAUUUAGCAGGGUAAAGGUUAAACAUACAUGACUUAAAGCAGCAACGUAUGGGUGAUAACAUUCAUAACUUGAGUGUCUCAUGAUUUAAAGAGUGUGAUGUUAAGAUGUAAGAAAUAUCGGUAGAGUCAUAUUGAUAUUGAACUUGAGCUGCUGGCACUACCCGGACAUAACCACUACACGAACAAUGACGUAUACUUUAUAGAAUUUCUCUAAAGACUUUUUUCAUAGUUAAUGUUUUUUUUUAAUAAAAAUGAUUGUUGCUGUUUUUUUUACUUUGGUGCAAUAAAUCUGUUUUAUAUAUGAAAAGAAAAUAUUGUUAACAGCAUAGAAUGUAAAGUGUUGUUGUUGCAUGUAGAAAUUGAAGGCAGAGAUUUUGCGCCUGACACUUCAACAUUGAGUAUGGACCAUUCAAAUUUAUAGCUGGUAUUAAUUGAUAGACAGUCCAUAGAUUUGUUUUACUCUCUGUUAAAGAUACAGGAUUAGCAAUCUCUGUGCUAAACAUGCAUGUUUGAAGGAAAAGUAAAUUAAGAACGUUCUUUAAGUAACAGAAAUUACUGUAUUUUACCUUCUUGGUAGAUUUUUUUGACAUAUGAUUAGCUCUAAUAACUUGCAAGAAGAAUUGGUGAAUAAUUUUUUAAUAGUUAUUCUGUUAGUUUAUUUCAGCUUUUUAAGUUAGAAAACGUUUAUGAACUUGCGGUAAAAAUGCAGGUUUUAUAAAAUCAGUUUAAAAAAGCUGGGUUUUUUCACGUCAGUAUUUCAACAAUCUUUGUUACUUUGUUAAGUUUUUAUUUGUUUCACUCAGUUGGAUUCUUUGAUUACACCAAGCUGUCAACCAGUUUCUUAAUCUUCCUAUCUUCAAGUGGUUUUCUAUGUUUCUAGCAAUUCUAUAUUUCUUACAUUUUUCCCAUACUUACUCAUUUCAGGAAUUA